AGAAGAAGAGAACACAGCAAAGGUUUGAUGCUGAUUUAGACAUCCACCAAUUCAAAGAACACAAGACUAAAACUACAAUGACUGUACAAGAUGAGAAGAGAAAGGAUUUACAGAUGCUGAAAGAUUACAAACCAUGGGGAAGGCCUGGGGGUGGUGCACCAGCCAACACCAACGUCCAAAGUGUCCGCAGGACCAAAAACAUGGAUGACUCUAUUCUGGGAAACCAAGGGGAACUUCUGCUGCAGUUUCCUGCCUUUGGUAAGGAAGGCCACGGCGCUCCGAUGCGUACAGACUCCGGUUCACUCAAGACCAGCAUGCGUGCAAACCAUGAUAUCAGAUUCCAAGCUGGUGGGAAGAACAUGCCCCUGAAUGUCCACAACAAAAUCAGAUACACUCAGCCCAAGCAGAAGGGCGUGGAGUACAUUAACGACUUAGGGAAUCUAGCUCUCGAGCAAAGAACCAGGAAAGAGAUCGAAAAGAAGAAAGACUUUGAAGAAGAGAAAAAGACGUGGGAGUACGACCCAUACGGGAAGUCAGGUGGUGGAGCUCCGAUAAAGACUAAUUCAGGCAAGAACAUAGUUGCAAGACAGCGCACGCUAGUCAAGAACAGCUACGAGCUACGGGAGGUGGAGCAGAAACAAGAUAGAAAACGAAGACUCAGUGAAGCAUCUGGUCACGACAAACCUUCAGCUGCCGGCUCUGACUACAGUCCAUGGGGUAAAGGAAGCGGAGCGCCCUCAAGAGACGACGAAGGCAACAUCAGGAGAUACAAAUGGACUGAUGGAGCUAAUGUCACCGAGUUCGUAGAUCCUAACAUCACGGGAGCUUCCCUGGAGACCAAACCCCUAGGAGGCGGGGGACACAAGGUAGAUGCAAAGGGAGAGAAACAAACCAAGAAUCAGCAGACCCUCGUUCACGACCAAAACUCUGGAGGACCUUUGAGAGAUUCGCAUCGCCAUGCAGAACCCCUUGCACGUGAUCCAUCCGGCCCUCCCAGGUCCGGGGAGUAUGCCCCGUGGGGGCGACCAGGUAAUGGUGCACCACUGCGGGACCAGCAAGGGAACAUCAGGACGAUGAACCCCGCCAGGGCUGAAAAAGAUAAGAUGGGUAUUCUGCCGCCUCGGCAGGAAGAGCAGGUGGCCAAGAAAGAGUACCUCAAUCAACUCAAGCGUGAGAUUGAGGACCAGCAUUAUAUCCGUGACAAGGAGACCAAAGAGAUUCGGCAACCAGCUACUGAGGUAGCGACGUGGAUCCGUACUAAGGAAGUAGGCUACCCAAAGAGAGAUCCGGUCACUAGAGCAAUACUACCUGUACAUUACAAACAGACAUCGGAUGUUACUGCCCAGAGAAUGGAUAUUCGUCGACCAGGAAAUCCAGUUGAAUACCAGAGUGAUUUAGAAAGACAAGCUCAGGAACGUUAUCAAUCCAACGCUGCCAAGAAACAAGAAUCAAGAGACCUCUCUGCACAUCAUCAUGAGAGUUUUGGUCAGGUGUGGGGUCGUCCAGGCAACGGUGCCCCGUCCAGCCAGAAUGACCACAAAAGACACAUAAUGGACACGGAGAACACAAGGGGACAGGACCUCUCACUCCAGCCGAGGGUUCAACCACACGGAUCAAGUGCCGUUCAGAAACCCUGGGCCCGCACGACGGCACUGGAAGGCCGCUUUAAACCACAGAGUCAACAGAACUUACCACGGCAAGAGUAUGCAGUACGGGCUCCAUGGGCAUCGAUUUAGCAACUUCCCACCAAUCAAAACAGCCGCUCAACAAUUUGCAUAAUGCUCGGUAUUACUUCCAGAUAACCAAUCAGCAAAGCCGUCCAGUCAUUUGCUAUUCUUAAUGUUAACCGCUCAAACCAGUCGACCAGUCAGAAUAGCAGUUUUAAUUAUAGUGUUGUUACCGGCCUUCUAGAUAGCCAGUCAGAAACCACACAUUAAUUUGCAUAUAUUAAAAUAUAUGCAUAUUUUAAUAUUGAUUACUCUAUUCAUCAUGAGAUCCGUCCAGUAAUUUAUUCCACUAGAACAAAUUAUUCAUACAAGAGGGUGUAUUUUAGUAAAGUGCAAGUUUAUGUGUAUAUAAAUUUUAUACAAAUAUAAUAUCAUGCAUUGAUAGUGUUUUAUUUGUUGUACAAAAAUUUUAUUGAAAUUUAUGUUAACGUGGUGUUUGUUUAUUUAAACAAAUUAAUUGUAUGGCUAAUAUUUUUUUCCAAAACGCCAGAGUAAUCUGAUAUUUGUAUAUUUUGUACUCGCAUUUAAAAAAAAAAUUCAUGAAAAUUACAGAAAGAAAAAUUUCUUGGGUUUUCUAUUGGCUUCCGCGUCUUAUCAAGUUUUAUAAAUCAGCAGUAUUAAAUUGUGUUAUCAGGAGUUCAAUUAUAUGAGAAUAAGUUUGUAAUUCAAGUAAUUUUUAAACUCGGAAAAGUCCAAUGGUUUUAUCAAUAUUUUGGCAAGAUUUUUGUGCAAGAUUUGUUUGUACAUGUAUAUGUAAAAUAAUGAUGUGCCUCUGGGAUGUAUAAUGUUUAUACAUGUACAAUAAUGUAAUUUAUUAUUGAGUCUUAUGUUUACAUGUGCUAUGGUUUUGUUAAAAGAUGCAAUACGUAAUGUAUUUAACACGGUGUUGUGGAAUGUUUAUUAAUUUAUAAUCUGGGAAGUUUCAGGUGGAUUUAAUAGGAACAAGUAACAUUCUUCCAGUCAAAGAAUUUUUUUGCUCUGGAAGUAUCAGAAAAUCCUGCGAUAAUGUUUUGGUUUAAGUUGUUUGGGCUCUUGUCAUUGGGGUAUACUUUUGGUUAUAAUGUAUACUAUCAAGUUACUGGCCACAAAACAACUUACAUACCUGGUAAGCAGCACUGCAGAGCUGUUGAAAGUAUAACACAUUGUGAGAUACAGCUCCCUUGAAUUUGUGUAGUUUUAGAGAAAUAGGAAUUUUCAACCAAAACAAGGCUUCAGGCAUAAAGCUUUUCUCAUCUGAAAGCAGGCUUCUGAAAGCACACCAUUCUUUGCAGCAAGAGUGUUUUUUCAUUAAUCCUCUCGCAACUUUCAGAUUUCUAAAAUCUAGAUUGGGGAGUCUUGAAUCCCUGUUGAUUUGUGGUCCUGUAGGACUCUCGGGAAUUGAGCACUGGCUACAUUGCUUAUCACAAUUAUUCGACAUGCAAUUUUUUUAUUUUGAGUAAUGCUUGUAGAAGAUGGAGUUAAUUUUAUACAUGCAUCACGAAUUAUAAUUUUAUUUUUUUUAAAGUUUUUUUUUGUAUCUUGCCAGUCGCCAGUUAUGUUCAGUGCAUUGUUUUGUGUGCAACGUUCGUUUAAAGAUUCAAAGGUCAUGCCAUGUUGUUUUUUAUUUUGUUAAGUUGCCACGUACCACAGUAGUUUUGUUCAAAUUGUAUUAUUUUUAUUUUGUUACAAUGCAAUGUCUUUACUGCAGUUUGAUGUAUAGUGUGUCUAUUCUGUAUACUUGCCGAAAUGUUUUGUUGAAAUAUUUGCAGAGAUGCCGACCACAAAACCAGUCCAAGCCCGCCUGGUUUUAAGACCCAUAUAUGUUUUUUUUUUUUGUAAAUAGUUAUAGAUUUAGCAACCAGUACUUUUUUUAGUAGCACCAUGGAAUAUUUUCUCUUAUUGACUGUGCAAGUUGUUCGUACACUGGGUCGUAUGAAUAAAAAAUUGUAAUUACUGACAAGUACUAGCAAAAAGUAAAAGCAUAAACUUCUGAAUAGAAUCAUCCAGUAAAAGCAUCUUCUAAAUUCCG